CCAGCUCCGCGGCGGUUUCGCCCGCGAGUCCAGAGGCAGGCGAGCGGCUCGGUCACCCCCACCGGCCCCAUGGCAGCCCCCGGCGCCCCAGCUGAGUACGGCUACAUCCGGACCGUCCUGGGCCAGCAGAUCCUGGGACAACAGGACAGCUCCAGCCUGGCGCUGCCCUCCGAGGCCAAGCUGAAGCUGGCGGGGAGCAGCGGCCGCGGCGGCCAGACCGUCAAGAGCCUGCGGAUCCAGGAGCAGGUGCAGCAGACCCUCGCCCGGAAGGGCCGCAGCUCCGUGGGCAACGGAAAUCUUCACCGAACCAGCAGUGUUCCUGAGUAUGUCUACAACCUACACUUGGUUGAAAAUGAUUUUGUUGGAGGCCGUUCCCCUGUUCCUAAAACCUAUGACAUGCUACAGGCUGGCACAUCUGCCACUUAUGAAGGUCGCUGGGGAAGAGGAACAGCACAAUACAGCUCCCAGAUCGUGGAAGAAAGGUCCUUGAAGCAUCCUCUGAGGAGACUGGCGACUUCUCCUGACAGCAGCCCGAAGAGGGCUCACUACACACACAGCGAUUACCAACACAGCCAGAGAAGCCAGGCUGGGCACACCCUGCACCACCAAGACAGCAGGCGGGCUGCCCUCCUAGUGCCACCGAGAUAUGCUCGUUCCGAGAUCGUGGGGGUCAGCCGUGCUGGCACCACAAGCAGGCAGCGCCACUUUGACACAUACCACAGACAGUACCAGCAUGGCUCUGUUAGCGACACCGUUUUUGACAGCAUCCCUGCCAACCCGGCCCUGCUCAUGUACCCCAGGCCAGGGACCAGCCGCAGCAUGGGCAACCUCUUGGAGAAAGAGAACUACCUGACGGCAGGGCUCACCGUCGGGCAGGUCAGGCUGCUGGUGCCCCUGCAGCCUGUCACUCAGAACAGGACUUCCAGGUCCUCCUGGCAUCAGAGCUCCUUCCACAGCACCCGCACGCUGAGGGAAGCUGGGCCCAGUGUCGCCGUGGAUUCCAGUGGGAGGAGAGCGCACUUGACCGUCGGCCAGGCGGCGGCAGGGGGAAGUGGGAAUCUGCUCACCGAGAGAAGCACUUUCACUGACUCCCAGCUGGGGAAUGCAUACAUGGAGAUGACUCUGGAGCGAGCAGUGAGUAUGCUCAACGCAGACCGCAUGCCGCCGUCCAGGAUUUCUGCUGCAGCCACUUUCAUACAGCCCGAGUGCUUCCAGAAAUCUGAAGCUCGGAAGAGGGUUAACCAGCUUCGUGGCAUCCCCAAGCUUCUGCAGCUCCUAAAAGUUCAGAAUGAAGACGUUCAGCCAGCUGUGUGUGGGGCCUUGAGAAACUUACUAUUUGAAGACAAUGACAACAAAUUGGAGGUGGCUGAACUAAAUGGGGUACCUCGGCUGCUCCAGGUGCUGAAGCAAACCAGAGACUUGGAGACUAAAAAACAAAUAACAGGUUUGCUGUGGAAUUUGUCAUCUAAUGACAAACUAAAGAAUCUCAUGAUAACAGAAGCAUUGCUUACGCCGACAGAGAAUAUCAUCAUCCCCUUUUCUGGGUGGCCUGAAGGAGACUACCCAAAAGCAAAUGGUUUGCUCGAUUUUGACAUAUUCUACAACGUCACUGGAUGCCUAAGAAACAUGAGUUCUGCUGGCCCUGAUGGAAGAAAAGCAAUGAGAAGAUGUGACGGGCUCAUUGACUCACUGGUCCAUUAUGUCAGAGGAACCGUUGCAGAUUACCAGCCAGAUGACAAGGCCACGGAGAAUUGUGUGUGCAUUCUUCAUAACCUCUCCUACCAGCUGGAGGCAGAGCUCCCGGAGAAAUAUUCCCAGAAUAUCUAUAUUCAAAACCGGAAUAUCCAGACUGACAACAACAAAAGUAUUGGAUGUUUUGGCAGUCGAAGCAGGAAAGUAAAAGAGCAAUACCAGGACAUGCCGAUGCCGGAGGAAAAGAGCAACUCCAAGGGCGUGGAGUGGCUGUGGCACUCCAUCGUGAUAAGGAUGUAUCUGUCCUUGAUCGCCAAGAGUGUCCGCAACUACACACAGGAAGCAUCCUUAGGAGCUCUGCAGAACCUCACGGCCGGAAGUGGACCAAUGCCGACAUCAGUGGCUCAGACAGUUGUCCAGAAGGAAGGCCUGCAGCACACCCGAAAGAUGCUGCAUGUCAGUGACCCAAGUGUGAAAAAGACAGCCAUCUCGCUGCUGAGGAAUCUGUCCCGGAAUCUUUCUCUGCAGAAUGAAAUUGCCAAAGAAACUCUCCCUGAUUUGGUUUCCAUCAUUCCUGACACAGUCCCAAGUACUGACCUUCUCAUUGAAACUACAGCCUCUGCCUGUUACACAUUGAACAACGUAAUCCAAAACAGUUACCAGAAUGCACGGGACCUUCUAAACACAGGGGGCAUCCAGAAAAUUAUGGCCAUUAGUGCAGGCGAUGCCUCUGUCUCCAACAAAGCAAGUAAAGCUGCUUCCGUCCUCCUGUAUUCUCUGUGGGCACACACGGAACUGCAUCAUGCCUGCAAGAAGGCUCAGUUUAAGAAGACAGAUUUUGUCAACAGCCGGACAGCCAAAGCCUACCACUCCCUUAAAGACUGAGGAAAAUGACAAAGUAUUCUCAGCUGCAAAAAUCCCCAAAGGAAAACACCUAUUUUUCUACUACCCAGCCCAAGAAACCUCAAAAGCAUGCCUUGUUUCUAUCUUUUUCUAUUUCCAUGGUCCCCUGAAUCCAGAAAACAAA